GGUCUACAGGGGUGGAAUGGUGUCUAUUUAUUUCGCCCUUAGAGAUCCCAGCGUUCAGAAAGAUCCCCCGGUUUCAUCUGCAGCGUGACGCCUGGAGGCUUGGCUGGUCCACCAUGAAGUUGUUUGUCUUUUCCUUAGCCUUGGCCAUCUUUGCAGGAUCCUGGGCGCGUGUCAUCAGAGAUGCCCCAGACCCAGAAUCUGAUAGUAAAUUGUCCAAAUUGAUUGACGAAUUGGAGGAAUUCCUGGACAACAUCAGCAACGCAACCGAGAAGAAAUGGGAGCACUUCAAGCAUUCAAAGACCGGCAAGGCCCUGCUAGAACUGUUGGACGAUGAAGACGAGGCUAAAUCAGAAGGCAAGGACAAAGCAUCACCGGAGGAGGAGGAAGACAUCGUGGAAGCAAUAAUUGACAUAAUUGGCGAUGUUGCUGAUGCCGCAGAGGACGUUGUGGUGGAGAUAGGGAAGCAAGCCGUUCCCAUCAUCAAGGAGUUUGGUAAAGCCGUGGAAAAAGCGUUGGGGAAGCAUUUGGACCCCUUGGUAGAGAAGAUUGAGCCGCACAUGGAGCGCCUGCUCCAAGCUUUGGCCAACAAGACCCACGAACUGGACCACACGCUGGAGGAGCUCUUGCCUCAACAACUGGAGGCCCUCGACCACCAUGCGCCUCAUUACAUCCAGAAGCUGGCCGAGCUCGACUCCAAAAAGAAGGCAGCCAAAAUAUAGAAGCGGAGGCUAUCAACAAGAAUCCAAGCGCAUGUCCUUCCCAUGCAUUCUGGAGCCGAGAUGAAAACGGAAGUGAAAAUUAAUUCAAGAAGAAGGGAGACACUCUUGUGUUCAUCAAACCCAUCGUUUCCUUGAACGCAACGGGCGGCAGAAAUGUUGAAGACCUCUACGUGGAAUUGAGCAGCUAUUGAAAUAACUUUGUGGGCGGUAAUCUUGUAUUCCUUUCUCCAAAUCACGUAAUAAAGGAGAAAUCCCCAAAACAA